AUGAGCCAAUGGAAGCGAGCCAGUCUGGCAUUCGUGUCAGUUUGGUGUUGUGUUGACGUUGAUCCCGAGCCGUUUUUCUUGCAUUCUGGCGCAUCUACAGCAUCCUGGCGAAGAGCAGACAACGGUGAUGCUUCAGCGGAACAUUGGGUCAAUGCUCGUUUUCAAGCCGUGGAAGACCAAGCACGGCGUUGUUGGUCCGUGGGUGGACGUUACUGGGAAACCGAAUUGGACACCCCGUCCUAUGUUUCUACAUUGCGCGUUUCUGGUUCGACUCACGAGGCACCAGAUUGUCCCGGAUGUUUAGACCAUUUCAUGGGCUUGUGGAGUGGUGUCCCCGAUCGCCUUUUGGGCGGUAUUUGUGCUCAUGCUACGUGCGAUCGAGCCCAGGUGCAAGUGCAAAUUUAUCCUGUUUAUCUUGCUCGCGCGUUACAUCUCAAAUUCGCUUUGCCUUCAACUGCAGAGCAUUUGAAGGUUCGGGAACUCUCCCAUUGGUCUCAGCUACAUCUGGAUUUCGUCAUCGGGGGGUUGAGCAGCUGCGGCACCAACACUAUUACCAAUGCGCUAGACCAGGUCUCUGAUGUUGAUUUCACACUGCACGGCGAAGACGAUUUCUUCUACCAGCACGACUCCUUGCUGCCCUACCGGGACGAGGUUGAAAGCUUCAAUUUUCAGUGGCUGUCCCAUUCUUGCUCGGAAUGCCUUCGUGGGUUGCGUCAUCCUGGCCUCUACCACAGCCAUCGGGUGCGGCUCGCUCUGGCCCACAUUCCCAGGCUGAAAGUUGUGAUCAUCGUGUGCGAUCCCGUAAGCAGGUUUGAAAAGUGGUUUUGGAUGCACCUCCACUGCAAAGCGCAUCCGGCGAUGCCACGUCACAAGCUGGCAGAUGGCCGAGAGCGCUGUUUCCGCGGGCCUGUGAGUGCGCUGGAGGAACCCGAAAUGGUGAGACAAGCCAGUUUCGGCUUUCACAUGCGCUCGCUAUACGGCCUGUUGGGCCCUAGCAACCUUCGCAUGAUCCAUCAGGCACAUUUGCGACACCAGCCUGUCGAGACUUACACAAACGUCGCACACUUUCUCGGUGCGAGAAAGCUACCGGCUACUUUCAAGGUCGAGCGGCACAACCAUCAGAGGGGCUACCGCACCGACCUGUGUCAGAACGAAUCUCUCGUCAGGGAUCUUCAGCAGCUAUUCCAGGAUGAGUAUGAUGCAAUGGAGGCUCUCCUGAGCUCACUUGGAGGUGGGCUUCCGCUGCCCGAGGAGCUGCUGCUGCGGCAAACUCGAUGCGAUCGCCCUGAGGAACUGGAAGGUGUGGCGCCUGAGACACGCCCUGCACCGCUGUUGGUAGCCGAAAAGGUCCGCUCGUUAACCGAAUUACGUUUACGUAAUGGCAGGGUCUUUGACCUCGCCAUCCACUCCUUGGUGAGCACUGUCGUGUUCAACGCGAUCGUGCUGGUCGGCAACAAGUGGACGGCGGAUGCGCUACGGGAGAUUGGCCACUCCACUCGAGGCUGGUCCAAUGUCGGGACGGGCAUUGCUUCAGCGCUCCAAACAGAGAUCGACCACAAGAUGAAUAAUGUUUCUUCACUUCUGCUUGGCAGCCUGGAGCACGUCGUGGAUGCUCAGAGCCAGUUGGACAUUGUCCUCUCCAUGGUUGGGAACGAAACCGAUGCUGCCAUUUCCAAACAUCCAGAGCUGUCCCUGCUGCAGCAGCACGGCCCAGAGCGUGGCUUGGUUCUCUUGCAGGAGCUUCACCAAAAGAACGCGUCUCAUGUCGAGGCCUUGGUGCCCAUCAUCAUCGGCGCGAUACACCAGGUGAUGGAUUUCGUGAUGGAAGAGGUGGAAAGAGGAUUGCACACGUUGCUGGAAAAGAUCAAGCCAGCUCUGGAGCAGGUCGGCAAGUGGAUACUUCAGUUUGGAGACAAAGUCACCAAAGGCUUGGAAGACUUCAGCUCGACGUUGGACAAGGCCCAGAAGAUGUUCGAUCAGGUCAUGGCACAGCUGAAUGGGGCUGGAAACAACUCGGACUUGAUGAUCCAGCAAACAUGGCCCAUUUUUGAUGAUGACGAUUCCGGAGAAGUUUCUGCGACGGAGCUCACGAAUGUGGGCAAUUGGUUUUCUAUCUCAGCUCUCCAAGGCAACAAGGCAGCAGCCCUCAUCAAGAAGUAUGAUGUUUCUGGUGAUGGGGAAAUUGGACCUCGGGAAUUCGAGAAGCUGGUGAACGAUCCCAGCAUUCCGGGCUCCUUGUCCGUGAUCCUCAGGAAGUACGCCAAACGACUGGCGGAGAUUGCGGGCGAUGUCGGUGAAGCUCGUUUGAGAGAUGAUGUGGCACGUAGUGUUGCCAACUAUGUGAAAUUGGUGUGUGCAAAGAACAUGACGAAAGUGGAUUGGAUUGCCGACCGACUUGGAAAUGGAAGUGUUCCGCUGGACUUCACCGGGACUGUUUUCGUUGAGAUGUGCCUCUCCAGCAAAAAUCCCAAUGCCGCCGUGUUCACCAGUGCUGACACCGGCCUCUUGUUGACCACAGAAGUGUACAAACUUCACCCUGAGGCGAUGCUCAGCACCAUCGACUUGCUGGGCAACUCGUCGUGGUGGCAAUCUCAAGGCUACGACCUGAAGGACCAGCCUGAGUGCAUCAAAAUGGCGACUUCCUGGAUCACUCAGGUUCAAAAGACCGCCAUGACGCAGGGUGGGUCCAGCUUGCUCUCCUUGCUCGAUGGGAGCACACGCAGCACGCUGGACAGCACGCUGGACAGCACGCUGCAGCAGGAACUGGAGCUGCUCGAAGCGAUGCCCCAGGCCGCUUUCAUUAUGGCGGAGGAGAGUGCACGGCUUUACCGCCUGGAGCGGCUGCAGGCACGCCAACGCCGACGGAGUGAGCUCUUUUCCUCUGCCACAUCGCAGCUUCUCCUCAAGCGACUCUUGGGCGGAGUGUCCGCUUCCGACGUUGGCAACCAGGACAAGGCAAGAGCAGCUGCGCAAGGGGGAAUCGUGGCAGUUCCCGAGACGCUGGAGUUUGCUGCCUACUUGCGCAGCAACGCAUCAGCCAGGGCGAAGGAGCUGCAGCAUUUCUCUUUCGACUACGCGUCUGAGUCGAGCAACUCCAUUGAUGAUUUCGCAUCCAAGAUUCAAGCCAUGAUCAAGAAGGUUGAGAGCUUCAUCCAGCUCAUGGAAAAGUAUGCUACGCCUAAGGGCAUCAACGACCUAGAGGCCAAAGUGGAAGAUUUCCUCACCAAAGCCGUCGAGGACGUGCGAAAGACAGUGGAGUCCAAGCUGGUGGGCCUUAUCAACAAGUCCGCGCCCCAGCUGGAGUCGGCUAUCCACUCAGCAGCGCACAAUGCUGGGCAGCGCCUGGGCACCAUGAUCGGUGAUGUGAUUUCGAGUCCACUAGCCCAGUCCCUGGAGAAGCCACUGGAGGAGAUUCUGGCUGAAGCCGUUGGCAGCAACACCACGGCAGCGAAGAUCGGAAAGUACAUGAGCGAUGCCUUGGGCGGGGAGAUCUCCAAUCUUACCGCAUCGGCUCUCGGCGAUAAGAUCGGUGAUGCACUGGAAGGACUUCUCGACAAGGCACUGGACAAAGCUUCGGAUGUCGCAGGCGAAGGCUUGGACACAUUGAAAGACAAAGUGAAAAGCAAGCUCACAAGCAAGGUUAGCCUUCUGUCCGUGGAUUCGGAGAUUGAUCGGUUGUUCAGCCAGCCGAAGCAAGUUAUGCUGUACCAGGAAAGCAUUCAGGAAGAGGGGGUGACCGACACGAUUUCUCAUGCGUGGCAAGGAAUGGUGAAUCUGUUGCGCACCUUCUCGAACCUGCUGCCCACCGCCGUCGACACUCUGAAAGAUGCCAGAAGUGAGGUGUCAAAACUCAGCUCUAACCUUGACUCGAUUUUCUCGGUUUUCGAGGAGAAAGGUCCUCACAUCUUCAACACUGUCGCAGACCUUUGGGUGACAAUCUGGGUCAUUUACUUCGCGUUCAUUCUUCCUUUCUGUGCAUUGACGCUGUAUUAUGGCCUUUGGGCAAAUGGCUGGUUUGGUGGUCCGAAGCCAGUUGCGCAGGAAGCAGAGCCCCAGGGUGAGCAGACAUUGUGGGGGCGCAUGUCUCUGCUGUGCUCCAAAUGCUGCGGUUGCUGCAGCAACUUUCACGACACAGAACUGUGUUUCUGGUCCAUCAUAAUUUUCAUGCAAGUCAUCGUGUUGGUGACGUUCCUGAUCGCGGUCGUCAUGGCCAUCUUUGCAGGCGUUAAGGCAAUGAUCGUGGCAGGAUGCGGCCAGGUCUAUGUGCUGGAGGAUCCUGACGUUUGUGAGAGUGCGCUGACAACUCUCAGGACUUUCCUAACCAAGCUAGACGUUGGCCAGACCCUCUGA